AUGGCCAACCUACAGUAUGCACAACUUCCCAAGUUUGAAUAUCAGACAUUCGAGCGUCAAUAUCAGACCUUCGACCGUCAGACUUUGCAAUUUUCAUAUUAUCCCGUCACUGCUGCUUCUUCGGAUGGUCUGACAUCGGAUAAGGAUCAGGACAUCACCAACAACGCGACCAAUCCAGAGAAAGGCCCAUCCCCAGAGAGCGCUCCAGUAGAAGGAUCAAGUAGUUCGCCCGAUGACGCUGCGCCUGCACCCGAAUCUGAAGAGUCACCUGAAGCGGCAGCCACUUCACCUCAGCCUGAACCGUCAGAUGCACCUGCGCCAGAAGCCAAGGAAGGAGAGCCCGCGCCAGAGGCAGACGGUACCGAGCAGAAACCGGAAGACGCAGCCAACCCCGACGAGUCCGAGACGCAAGCGGCCACUGAAGAUGCCCCGCAAGACCCAGUGCCGGAGGAAGUUGAUGGUGCCGCUGCUGCGGUAGAUGAAAGUCCUGCGCCGGAAAGCGGGGAAGGGGACAGCAACGGUAUGCUUGCGGAUACUGGGAACACACAAAGCCAGCUGACCUCAUUCCCAGAGGAUGACUUUCCAGAGUGUGACCCGUCCGCGGAGCUCGAUAAGGUCGAGGCCGAGAAAGAGGAAGCUGCCCGGCAAGCGGAGGAGGAUGCCAAGGCGGAAGAGGAGGCGGCAGCAGCAGUAGCAGCAGGGGUCCCUGAUGACGUCGAUGUUGAUACAGGAAAUGUGGACUCACAUACGGACAAUCCAGACGAAGAAGCUGCUCCCGUACAGAACGACUCGCCAAAGGCCGAAUCGGCAGAAGAAGAUGUGACGAAGCCCGACACAGAGAAUAGUCAGACGCCAGACGGACCUGCUGAAGAACAGACCGACCCACCACCCGAAGAGGAGGAGGUAGUUGACGACUGGGCUGAGGCUGCCGAGGCCGACGACUUAAAAGAGCAGCCCGCCGCUGAAGAACAGGCUCUCACCGAGGAACCUCCUGCUGAGGCGCAACCCGCUGCUGAAGAGCAUGCACCUGAACCUCCUUCCGAGGAGGAACCCGCCGCGCCAGCUGAAACUGCGGAGGACAGCACUCCAGAAGAAGCGGCAGCUGCCAAGGAUGCAACAGCAGAUGACGCUGCAGUUGAUACGGCACAAGAAGAGCCCAUGUUAGAGGAGCCUAGUGAUGUGAAAGCUCCUGAAGAGCCUGAGGUCGAAGAAAACCCGGUCGAGGACAAGCACGAGGAGGUACCCGAAGCUCCCGCACCGGAAGAAGCUGCAACUGAGACACCGGCCGUGGACGAAGCAGUGGUUGAGGAUGCUGCCGCCGAAGCGGCUCCAGAAGCACCGCCAAGUGAUGAGGUGGCUCCGGAAAGUCCUGCGGAAGCACCAGCGGAGGAAAAGGAAGAAGACACCCCUGAAAUACCACCCGAGCAACCUCCCGCUGAAGAAGCUGUUAAAGAGUUGCCGCCUUCUGAUGAAGAAGUUGCCGAAGAAUCUGGUUCCCCCGAACCUCAGGCCGAAGAGCCUGUCCCUGAAGAAUCUCCUGCUGCCGAGGAGCCAACCCCUGCUGCGCCUGAAGCCGAAGAACCUGCGCUACCUGAGGAGUCCCCAGCUGAAGAAACUCCUGUUGCCGAAUCAACUACAGCUGAGGACGUGACCCCUGAAGAAUCUGCUCCUGUUGAAGAGGCCCCCGCAGAGACACCUGCUGCUGAAGAGCCUACUCCAGAUGAUGAAUCCGCUCCAGUUGAAGAGGCUGCCGCUGAGGAAUCGGCUCCUGCCGAAGAACCUGCCCCGGCCGAGAAAUCCGUCCCAGCUGAAGAAUCCGCUCCUGUUGAGGAGCCUGCCCCUGUUGAAGAACCUGCGGCUGAAGAUCCAGCUCCAGCUGAUUCAACUGCCCCUGUUGAAGAGGCUCCUGCUGAGGAACCCGCCCUAGUUGAAGAAUCUGCGCCGGCUGAAGACCCAGCUCCAGCUGAUCCGCCUGCCCCUGUUGAAGAGGCUCCUGUUGAGGAACCUAUUCCAGCGGAAGAGCCUGCCCCAGUCAAAGAACCCGCUUCGGCUGAAGAACCCGCCCCGGCUGAUCCGUCUGUUCCAGUUGAAGAAGCCCCUCCCGAGGAACCUGCCCCAGUCGAGGAUCCUGCCCCCGUUGAAGAGCCUGCUGCCGCUGAGGACAUUCCUGUUGAGGAGCCAGCACCUGUGGAAGAACCUGCUGAGGAACCCACGCCAGUCGAAGAAUCCGUCCCUGCUGAAGAGUCCGCUCCUGCUGAGGAACCUGCUCCUGUGGAAGAGGCUCCUGCUGAGGAAUCUGCCCCGGUUGAAGAUCCUGCCCCAGUUGAAGAGCCUGCUGCCGCUGGGGAGAUCCCUGCUGAGGAGCCAGCACCUGUGGAAGAACCUGCUGAGCAACCUACGCCUGAAGAAUCUGUCCCUGCUGAAGAGCCGGCUCCAGCUGAGGAACCUGUCCCAGUUGAAGAUCCUGCCCCCGUUGAAGAGCCUGCUGCCGCCGAGGAACCUGCUCCUGUGGAAGAGGCUCCUGUUGAGGAGUCUGCCCCGGUCGAGGAGCCUGUUCUUGCUGAGGAAUCUGCCCCGGUUGAAGAGCCUGCCGCCGCCAAGGAGAUUCCUGCUGAGGAGCCAGCACCUGUGGAAGAACCUGCUGAGCAACCCACGCCAGUCGAAGAAUCCGUCCCUGCUGAAGAGCCUGCUCCUGUGGACCAAGAAGUCUCCGAAGAGGCUCCAGCCGCAACGCCUAUUGAGGAAACCUCCAGAGAUAUUGAUGGCUUGGAGCCCUUGAAAGCAGCCUUGCCAGCUAUUGUUCCAGCAGCCAUAGCAGCCGAACAUGCACGGAGGAGAAAGAGGCGGUCCCCGGAUCUGGAACGUGAAAGACGACAUUCGAAGAGUUCCUCCGAGGAAGUACGAAGAGCAUUGCCACGCCAGAAACUUGAGCGCAGUGGCAGUCUCCUUGAUCGGUGGACGAAGUCCCUCGAGGAAGCCAAGAGACAGCAUGAAGAGAAGCUAAGGCAGGAUGAAAAACGGAGAGAAGACAAAAUCCGUGCUGCCGAGAAGGCAGAGAAGGAGAAGCGUUCCUUGGAGCGAGAGCGCUCCAAACGAAGCGAGCGUUCCUCAAGAGAGAAAGCUGCUGUGGGUACUGAACCGAGCCGACGGACCGGGGAGCACUCGAGUAGCCACGGAGGCGAACGUAGAAGUACCUCCUCGAGGGAUGGCCAGGCAUCGAGUUCGCGGCCGCGAGCCUUCUUGAAAUAUAUGACAGCAGCCGAAUCGGAAACGAACGGCCCCCUCCUCAAGAUCAACGGUAACAAAGCUGCUGCAAAUGUGUACGAGCGCCGAUCUUCCACAAGCCAUUCCCACAGUCACCGUCACUCGCACGAAGGGAGAGGGUCUAUGGACCGUUCCACGGGAUCCCAUCAUGCGGAAGAGGAAGAGAACGCUCGACGCGAGAGAAGGGCGCGACGAAGGGCCGCAGAAGAAGGAGAGCAGUCAAAGGAAAGAGAAACCGACCAUCAUCACCACCGGCAUGGAGAAACGCGCCAUCGCCAUCACAGACACCGGAGAGAUGAGCCUCCUCCAAAGGAAGAGUCGAAGCUCAAGAAUCUUCUCAAAGCAGCGAUUGCUGCUCAUUAA